UACUUCAGGGAUCUCCACUACUGUCAACCACCCGCGUAAGUUCGAUGCAAGCAGCUUGUUUGGGAGAAGCUAGUAGAAAUGGCGGCGAGAGAAAAGUCGUUGAAACACCGACAGAAAAGCGAAAAUACCACGUUUGAAGCGUCCAGUAUAGACUCCACCGCCGUCGAAGAAAAGUUGUUUGGCCAAGCAGAAGAGGACGACGGACCUGUGGUCUUCAUCUGCGGGAAGUGCAAGUUGCCUGUUGGGGAUUCACUGUCCUGGGAUGGAAGUGAAGACGGCCAAAACCAAAUAAGAUUGAAGCGGGUCACUGACAACGUCUUGGUUGGAAAGGACAAUCGCCUGUAUGAAGUGAGCAAACGAUCUCUCUGUCUGAUUGUGGAUCUAGUCUGUCGAGGCUGCCACUCUGUGCUCGGCAUGGUUUACGCAUCCACACCUAAGAACCUGGACCACAAGAGAUUUACAUUCUGUUUCAAUGUAGCAGACAUCGACAGCUAUGUGCUUGGCUCUGCAAGCCAGAUGUUGGCAGCAGAGGGCCCCAAAGAGCAGCCAGUCACACUGGAGUACAGAGGCAUUGUUGAACAACAGCUGACAGAGAUGAAAAUGCUGGUCAUGUCCAUGGCGCAGAGGCUGGAAGAGAUCGAAGCUGGCCUUCAGGAGGGAUGUGAUGAGGCAUGACAGUGAUGGACAUCAACCUGUCUGAGUGGGUGCUUUGUCCAGGUGUUUGUCUAGGUGGAUUUAAUCACUCCUCGCAGCUACCUUUGAACAUUAAUGCUUCCUCCUCUAAGUUUCAUCUCAACCACAUUCCCUCAGUAACAUGUUUUGCGCUAGCCAUACCUUGUGCACAAACACCUACACACACACACACACACACACACAGCUUCCACUCCGCUUUGUCCUGAUUACCAUUGGUGAAACAAAGACUGUCUGCACAUGUAAUCAAUCAUGUUGUCAGCUCGGCUCCUGUGGCUCACAGCACCAUCUUCUCUGUCUGUCUCAGAGUGCAGAGUGAAUGUACACUGUGAGCAGAGUGUUUAUCUGUGCAGGAUUUCAUCAGGCAGGCUGCGCACUCAGCACAAUGCCGUAUUGAUCUGGCCACCCGAGGCCACACGCACACUUUUUCUUUGUUCUCUUCGUCAAGCAUGGAGCCGUGAAGGAUUGCUGGAUAUUUGCUUUUCAUUGCCUUGUUGUGGCCAGAAGUGAACAACAUUUGAGGAAUUUGUAUUGAAACAAGGUUUUCACCAUUUAAAAAAAAGAAAAAAGAAAAGACACACACACACUUUAAAAUUGUCUACAUCACAGUUGGGCACAUUAUUGGAUCAUUUUUCACUUAGGAAUUAUCUAAACACUGUUCUGUCUUUUUCUCAAAUAUUGCCAGAAGUUUCCAAAAUGGACAACAAUUUGCAUCCAUUAAGCUGUUAUUACACUGACUAAUUAUUAGUUUGUUUAUUUUUGUUUUGUUUGUUCAUUAGUUGUUCAAGCUUGUUUUGUCUCAAGUAUUUUUGUGUAAUAAAGUAUUCAACUGUUUCCAAAAA